AUGUCCAGCAGCCAAUGGGAAGCUCUUCCACAGAGAGCAAGAAAGCGCCGGUCGGCCGCGGCUGCUAGUGCCACUCCGGCAGUCGGGAAUACUCCGCCUCAGCCUCCCCCGCCAGACCAGCAGCGGCAGCGGGAGGAGAAGGUUGCUUCAGCGACGCCACCAGCACCACCAAAGCUGGCGGCGGUAGCAGGAGCAACACCAGCAUCGGGACCGGCCGCGGCAGCAGUGGCCGGAACGGGAGCUGCAGGCUUGGUUCCGGUUGCCGACGUCGUCGAAGGCGGCCACAGCAACCAACAACCUCAACGGACCUCCAGGGAAGAUGAUCGGGUGGCGGAGGGAAGGGGAUCCGCAGCAGACAGUGGGGGGGGGGGGGGGGACAAGGCGGCGGCCGUAGCAGCGCGGCACGCCGCCGUGGCGGCGGAGGUGGACGCGAGGUCGAAAAUUCCGCGGUUUUCGGGAGGGCUGGAGGGCGGUGCCGGCGCGGACGGGGGCGCGGAGGGGGCCAACUUCGAGUAUUUGGACCAUACGGCCGACGUCCAGCUCCACAGCUGUAAGUCUUGCUCGAACUUCCGCUUAUCAAUAGCACAGAAAAAUACAAAAGAGUUAAUUUAUCAGCAGAGGUGA